ACUUUGGAGCGCGUCGCGCGCGGUUGUUGAAUUAUUGUUAACUCUGAAGUUUCGAUUCGUAUUUUGGCCGUUAAGCGUUACCAGCUUUUACUGGAUCACCAUCAGUUGUUAUUUUGUGCUUAAAGUGGAACAAUUGUGAUUGCAAUUAACCAGAACUUGCAAAAGUAUAAUUCAAAAUAUGUCGAGACUCUGGAAUGCUCUCACACGCCGUAAGACGGACGAUGUCCAUGAGGCGGAAUCGAAGCUGGCACGUGUGCUCAAUCUCUUCGAUCUGACGGCCUUGGGAGUGGGCAGCACAUUGGGUCUAGGUGUCUAUGUAUUGGCCGGUCAGGUGGCCUACAAUAUAGCCGGUCCGGCUGUAACCAUCUCCUUUCUGAUUGCCGCCAUUGCCUCAGCCUUUGCAGGCAUUUGUUAUGCGGAAUUUGCGGCACGUGUGCCUAAAGCGGGAAGUGCAUAUGUGUACAGUUAUGUGACCAUUGGCGAGUUUGUGGCAUUUACCAUUGGCUGGAAUCUGAUUCUGGAAUAUGUGAUUGGAACGGCGUCGGUGGCACGUGGUUUAAGCGGUUACUUUGACUCGCUAAUUGAUAAUAACAUGUCGAAGGCGUUAAAUGAGACGAUGCCCAUUAAAGUGAGCUUCCUUGGCGAUUAUCCGGAUUUUCUCUCCUUUGGCAUGAUUCUGCUGCUGGCUGGAUUGUUGGCUUUUGGCGCCAAGGAAUCCAGUUUCUUGAACAACAUCUUCACCAGCGUGAAUCUGGUGACGAUUGGCAUUGUUCUCGUAGCUGGCGGCAUGAAUGCCGAUGUGGAGAACUGGCGUUUGACUGACGUUCCCGAGGGAGCUGGCAUAGGUGGCUUUAUGCCCUUUGGCAUUGCUGGAGUGAUGGCUGGCGCUGCCAAAUGUUUCUUUGGCUUUGUGGGCUUCGAUUGCAUUGCCACAACGGGAGAGGAGGCCAUUAAUCCGAAGAGGAAUAUUCCAUUGGCCAUUGUCGUGUCGCUGAUCAUUAUUUUCUUGGCCUACUUUGGUGUUUCCACGGUGUUGACCAUGAUGUUGCCGUAUUACCUACAGGAUCCGGAUGCACCCUUCCCAAAAGCGUUCGAUGCCGUCGAAUGGUAUACGAUCAAAUGGAUUGUGACAAUUGGAGCUGUGUUUGCACUGUGCACAAGUCUGUUGGGUGCAAUGUUCCCAUUGCCACGUAUCCUUUAUGCCAUGGGCAAUGAUGGCAUUCUCUUCAAGCGUCUGGCCAAAGUGCAUCCAUAUACGAAAACGCCACUGAUUGCCACGAUUGUUUCGGGCAUCUUUGCUGCGAUAAUGGCCAUGUUAUUUAAUCUGGAUCAAUUGGUCGACAUGAUGUCAAUCGGUACGUUGUUGGCCUAUACGAUUGUGGCCAUUUGUGUGCUCGUGUUGCGUUACCAGGAUGAGAAGAUGACCAAAAUGGUCUCAGUGCGUGCUCCAAAUGUAUUCCGUCAGCUGUUCUGCAAUUCGUACAGUGAGCCCAAUACGAUGACCUCGGCCAUUACCAAAAUUGGCAUUGUGGUCUUUGCCGUCUUCGCUCUCAUAUGGUGUGUCUUCAUGAAGGUCUUUGAAUUGGAGACAACUGGUGCCAUUGUCGCUUUGAGUCUUGUUGGAUUGCUGCUCGUCGUCAUCUGUAUUGUGAUUGGCAUGCAACCAGUGUCAACCAUCGAAUUGACCUUUAAGGUGCCUCUGGUGCCCUUUGUGCCCUGCCUGAGUGUCUUUGUCAACUUGUACCUGAUGUUCCAGCUGGACUUGUUCACCUGGAUACGUUUCCUCAUCUGGAUUGCCAUCGGUUAUUGCAUAUACUUCACAUAUGGCAUACGCAACUCCGCACAAAUCCAAAGGAAUCGCAAUCAUGCCGAGGUCGCUGCAAAUGCCAUGCAAAAUUCGGAUUAUCCGCAACAGCAUGAGAAUCGCGCCUUUGAGCCAGAUUGGAAAGUGGAGAAUGGAAAUGGCGUUAAAGCACUGCCCACGACCACGCCCACCUACGAGUACUCCGAGAAACUUUAGAGUUUAGAAGGGGACUCGAAAAAAAUAGAGAAAAAAGUAUUAUAAGUUGCUUUGUUAAGUUAAGCUCAGCUCAUAAACGAAAGAGAAAUGAGACUCUGUUCCCGUUUACACAAUCGCUUAAAUUCGAUGAAUGAUUUAUGAUUAAAUCAGCUGUAGUUCCUUAUCGUCUGUGAGCUGAGCUUAAGUUAUACUAUCCAUCCCAUACUUAUCUUGCUAGUUACUUCAUCUAUUACUUGUAUUUUAUUCGCUGACAUUUUUUAAUUUGAGUAUAGCUCUUUGUGAGAGAGAUGAAUAGAUUGCGCAUAAAAAUUAAAUGAUAUCCUAGAUGAUGAUCUAUGGAUUCGUUAUUUUUAUGUGCCAGAAAUUUAGACACACACGCUCAAUGCAAACUUUCACCUAUAAAUAUUAUUAUUAUAUUAUAUUAAUGUCUUUCUGUCCUUUUAUUGUUUCAACUUUUGUGCUGCCUUCUAAUUUCUGUACAUAAUGUCCCCAAAUUUGUUGUGAUAUUUGUAAAUAUAUGUAUGUAUAUAGGUCUUUAAUUAUCACAUAUAUUUUUUUGAUAUAUAUGUACAUAUCAUUGUCACAAUUCUUGUUGUCGUUAUGUGAAUGCAAUUUGUAUCAUAAUAAUAAUAUUUUAGUAAAGUCAAUUGUACAAUCCUAGGCUAGUUCAGUAUUUAAGUCAUUUAGCUCUUAAGUUCACAAAAAGAAUUCCAAAAAUACAAAAACGAAUUUGCCCCAUUCCAAAUAAUAAUUUGUGAAAAUAAACUAAACAUUGUACAUUAAA